AUGAGGGCCCCAGAACGGGUGCCAGAUCCUUUGAAGCAGAAGUUCUUCCCUUCAAAUGACGGGUUUGAGAUAGAAUAUGCUAAACUCAUACAUACACAAGACGAUGGUGACCUCACCGUGAAACAUCUGAUGGAUUGCACAGGAGAAUUUACAAAGCUGAUCGCGUUGUACUGCGGAAACUCUCUAGUAAUAAGGCAACUACGCGAUGGAGGAAUGCAGGCACCGUUCAUUUUUGGUGAAGAUCUUGUGGUGCAGGAUGUAGAUUACCUUCGCAGCACGGAUGGAGGAUUCGAAAUCGUGGUUGGUUUGAAUAGCGAAAAACCAAAUAUCCAUCCGAACUGCGUGGCUUUGCUAUCUUGGAAUGGAGCCAAGUUAGUGCUAUUGCGGAAGCUCAAGAUAGAAGAGGAGGUACUUGUGUUUUGUUUUCCCGUCACUUCUUUUAUCUUUCAUUACUUCUGGAUUCUAUUGUUUUCUUUCUCUCUUCAUCGGUGGAUUUUUUUGUUGGACGUGUGCUGUUUCCCUGCAUGAUA